AUGUCGGAUUUGGUUGGUGUAGCCCCUGCUGCCACCACGCUAGGUGGUGCAGGUGCUGCAAGUCAUGGUCGGGUACAGAAUGGUGCGCCCCGUCCCGUCCCGGUCAACACGAACCCGCCCAGCGGUGUGCGAACACCUACGGAUAUCAUGAGACAGCGUCGGGAACGAGAAGGUCGUCGCAAAGCAGAACAAGAAGCGAGAGACCGAGAACAACAGCAGCAGCAGGAGCCGCAGCCGCAACCCCCUGUUCAGCAGCAGCCGUAUGCUGCUGGCGUUGAUCGAAUGUCGCAACGUCGACCUACCACUUCGGCCGGGGCUGGUCACCGUAGGGCUGGGAGUCAGCCAGGACCGCCUCCGUCAUCUGCUCAGCCAAUUCCUGGCCAGCCGAAGCCGCAGCAGCCUGGUGCCACCAAGCCAGCGGAUGCUUCUCAGGAGCCACGCCGUGUGGCCUUUCCGCACGCGUUUGAACGCUGGGAAACACUGUCCUCCCACUGGGAAGGACUGACCGGUUACUGGAUCCGCAAGUUGGAGCAAAACAACGAAGCCUUGGAACGCGAUCCUUUGAGCCAACAGAUGGCCCGCCAAGUCACAGACCUGUCAGCUGCCGGCGCCAAUCUUUUCCACGCGGUGGUAGAACUGCAACGCUUACGGGCCUCCUCCGAGCGCAAAUUCCAACGCUGGUUCUUCGACACUCGCGCCGAGCAAGAACGCGCCAAAGAACUCCAAGCCGAGCUAGAACGCCAAAUCCAAACCGAGCGCCAGGCCCGCGCAGAAGCCGUCGCGUCCUACCAAAAAGCCGAGUCCGACAAAAGACGAGUCGAUGACCUGGUCAAAGAAAUGCGUCGCGAGCUCCAAAUCUCCAAAGACGAAGCCCGCCGUGCCUGGGAAGAACUUGGCCGUCGCGAACAGGAAGAACGCGAUCGAACCGCUUCCCUGCGCAACGGCGAACCAACCCUCGUCGGCGGUGUCCAAGUCGUCCCCAUGAUUUCCAGCCGUCAACACCCGAUUAACUACUCGUCGACGGAAGAGAACGAGGACCGCUACGCACGCGACGCAGCUAUGAAAAUGUCCGACGCAGGCGACGCCCAGUACUACGACGACCAACCGGUUUCACCCACAGGAAGCGACCCUUUCUCGGAAACCGUGCGCAAAACCGAUCCCGCGUCAACAAUCCCAGCCUCCCAGCCCCAACCUUCCUACCCGGGCCACUUCUACCGUCCUGAAAACGCAACAGUCCCAGGCCACACCCGCGCAACCUCCGACCCGGAGUACGGCCAGAGCGUCGAGGGCAGCGAGCCCGGCGACGAUGAAUACACACACUACCAGCGGGACUCCCAGGGCCGCCCCCUCGUCUACCCAGGCACCAUGUCCGAAGAAAGCGACGACUACGAUCCAGAAGACAACGGCCCCUAUGCCACGGAGGGUAGCUACGUCCCCAGCACGUCUGCCUCUCCUUCCGUGCCUACGACUUCCGCACCGGUGUACAAUUACCCCCCGACGUCUGGAGGCUGGGGCUGGGACUCUGUCACGCCGCGCCAUCGCCAUCCCACGCGUCUUAGCGAUGUGAUGGAAGAAGACGAGCCGAGAACGACGCCUAGUCGGGCUAGUCGGACUAGUCACUGA